AUGACUCGUCUCCUCAACGCUUUUGUUCUUCUUGGUAUGGCUGGUAGCCUUGUAGCUGGCCAGGCGUACGACCAAGAAAAGCAAAACAAGGACGCUACCUGCAAUAACAACUGCUUCUUCAAGUACUUUACCAACAAGUGUAAUGAAGACAACAAGGCGUGCGUGUGCACCUUGAACGACAUGCGAGAGAAGUUCCUCUGCUGUAUUGCCGAGAACUGUGCCAGUAAUGUUCUGCCUGAGCAAAUCGAGAGAUCCGGUAAUGAUUGUGUCGCAUGGAAUCUUCCCUUCACAUUCGACCCCGAGGCUGCUUGUGGUAUCAAGCUGCCUACAUCGUCCGAUACGUCGUCCGAGGCUAGGUCUACUAUUACAGUCGUCCGUGCCACGACUUCUGAUGCCGUUACUACCACAGCAACUGGCACAGAGACAGAGACAACUGCUUCUGCUACAGAGUCUUCGGCGACAGAUAAGACGACCACCACAUCGGAGCCUACACCUGUAGACAACGGUGCUUCGAAUAUGAAGGCGAUUGGCGGCGCUAUUGUGUUGCCCGUCUUGCUUGGGCUUUUGUAA